AAAUUCAAAGUUUUCAGAACGUAGCUUUACAAUAUACAAGGAAUUUCUACAUAUUUGUCGCAUCUGUUGUCGCCUCGCAGGAGUAUUCAUUCCCUCUCAAGUUUCCAACAUACGAGGAGUUUCUGCACAUUUAUCAGAGCUAUUGCCAAAGUAUUUAAACUUUCUCGAGUCACCCGUGAUGGAAGCAUUUGUGGGAAUUCUCGUAGAUACUUUGAAUUCCAUGAUCGAGAAGGAGCUUGGAUUGCUUUGUGGCGUUGCAACCAACAUGCAAAAGCUUUCAAGCUUGCUCUCCAACAUCAAGGCAGUGCUUGAAGAUGCUGAGCAGAAGCAAUUCACAAACAAGGCAAUACAACUCUGGUUUCAGAAGCUCAAUGGUGUUGCCUAUGAAAUCGAUGAUGUAUUGGAUGAUUACGCCGCUGAAGUCUCAAGAGUCAAGUACAAAAAUUCUGGGCGUUUUAGUUUGAUGUGUUACCCUGUAGCAGGAAACUUAGUGUUUCGUCACAGGAUUGGGACAAAGAUGAAGGAGAUCCUUGAAAAUUUUAAUGCAAUAGCUAAAGAGCGAAAAGAGCUUGGUUUAAGUGAUCAAAGGCGUGGGAGCUAUUUCAAUGCAAGCCGUGAGACUGGAUCCAUAGUAAAUGAACCUGAAAUUCUUGGAAGGGACGAGGAAAAAGAGCAGAUUGUAUACAUCUUGAUGAAAGAAAAGGAUAGAGAUGAUCAGAAUGUAUCAGUUCUCCCUAUGGUAGGUGUUGGAGGCCUUGGAAAGACAACACUUGCCCAACUGGUGUUUAAUGAUGAGCGCAUAGCCAACCAUUUUGAGCCAAAACUCUGGGUUUGGGUUUCAGAGGAUUUCGAUAGGAAGAGGAUUAUAAAAGCCUUAAUUAAUUAUAUACAAAGGACUCCUACUGAAGAAUUAGAAUUGGCUCCUCUCCAAAGAAAUCUUCAAGAGUUGUUGAGAGGGAAAAGAUACUUGAUUGUACUAGAUGAUGUCUGGAAUGAGAAUCCAGAGGAAUGGGAGAAACUGAAAUCUGUUCUGCAAUGCGGAUCAAAAGGUAGUUCAAUUGUCACGACAACUCGCAUGGAGAAGGUUGCCACAAUAAUGGGCACAUUACGAACAUAUUAUCUGUCGAGUUUGUCAGAGAAUCAGUGUUGGUCACUAUUUAGGCAACGGGCAUUUGGCCGUCAAGAGGCUGAAGAAUAUCCUAACCUUGUAGUUAUCGGAAAAGAGAUUGUGAAAAAAUGUGGUGGUGUUCCGCUGGCUGCAAAGGCUCUUGGAGGCUUUCUACAAUUUAAAAGGGAAGAAAAUGAAUGGAACUCUGUGAAAUGCAGUGAGCUUUGGAACUUACCUGAAGAUGAAACACAUAUCUUGCCUGCAUUGAGAUUGAGCUACCUUAAUCUUCCGGUAGAGUUGAGAGGUUGCUUUGCAUUUUGUGCUAUGUUUCCCAAGGGCUCUAAAAUUGAAAAAGAGGAGGUAAUACAUUUGUGGAUGGCAAAUGGAUUGAUUUCAUCUAAUGAAACAAUGGAAGUGGAACAUGCAAAUGGUGACGCUGUGCUGACUGAACUACAUUAUAGAUCAUUGUUCCAAGCAGUGAAGAAAGAUGAGUUUGGCAGUGUCCUUACUUUUGAGAUGCAUGACCUUGUCCAUGAUCUGGCUCAAUCAGUAAUGGAGGCGAAACAUGGUGGGACAAAGUCAAAUAGAACCAUGAUAUUGGGUAUGCCGUAUGAUCAGCUAACAGUGGCUUUUCCCAUUACAAGCACAGGCAUUGACCAGUUUUCUUCUUUCUUGUCAAAAUGUGGUUCCCUGAGAGCGCUCAUUGUAAGGUCAACAUCGUGGAUAGGAAACUUUACGAAGUUGCCACCUGCAGUAAGCAAACUGAAACAUUUAAGGCAUGUAAAUCUUUCAGGAUCUGACAUUGUUGAACUACCCAAUUCAAUUUGUGACUUGUGGAAUUUGCAAAUUUUGAACCUAAAUGACUGUGGCAAUCUUCAGAGUCUACCCAAAGGCAUGAGAUUCCUCAGAAAUCUUCGACUUCUUUGUCUACACGAGUGUUGGAGUUUGACUCACAUGCCAAGUGGAAUUGGGAAGUUGACUUGCCUGCGGACGUUGAGUAUGGUCGUCCUGGAUGACAAAAAAGGCUUCCAAAUAAGUGAGUUGCGAGACUUAGAUAUGCUUAGAGGAGAGCUAUCAAUUUGGCACCUUGAGAGCAUUAAAGACAAAAAGGAUUCAGAAGAAGCUUGCUUAAUUAAAAAACAAAGUCUCCGCAAGUUGAAUUUGUAUUGGGUUUCUAAAAGAACGCUUCGACGGUACAAUGAUGAGGAAGUGCUUGAAGCCCUCAAACCCUGCCCCAACCUUCAAUUGCUGCGUAUAGGAGGCUUCAAAGGUUCAUCAUUUCCAUCUUGGAUUUCAACUGUAACAGAAGUUGAUGUGCUGGAAAGUGCAGCGGAGUACAUAAUUGGGGCCCAGGAGAUUACCACCGCUGCUGCUACAAGGUCCCCGUCAUUGAAACAACUAUACCUAGAGGACAUGCCCAACCUAAAAGGAAUGUUAGGAAGAGAAGUCCAAGGUACUCUCGGGGUAUUCUCUCAACUUCAAUCCUUGUCUUUCUUCAAUUGCCCAACGUUGACAUUGCCUUUGCCACAUAUGCCGUCCUUAAACAAGUUACACGUCAAUAUGUGCAUCAACAUGGCAUGGGCUUCAAUCUGCAAUCUCACUUGUCUUAAAUUCCUUAAAAUUGAGAGGAUUGAAGGAUUGAGUUGUUUUCCAGAAGAGAUGCUACAAAAUCUUAGUCUUCUUGAAUCCCUAGAUAUUUGGAAGAUGAAGGAUUUGCGAACCUUACCCAGAAGUUUGGCUUGCCUCACGGCUUUGAAGAAGUUGAAUAUCUGGAAUUGUCCCGAGCUGGAGUCUCUGCAAGAAGAAGGAUUGCGAGGCCUUGCUUCUUUGCAGGAACUCCGUUUGGUCAACUGCUAUAAUUUGGUGAGCCUCUCAAUGGGGACUAAAGCCCUCAAAUCCCUGACUCAUCUAAGCAUCCAAUGGUCAAACGCGACAGCUCUGCCAGAGGAAGUCAAACAUUUCCCCGCACUACAAAAACUAGAACUGAUUGGUUUUCCCAAUCUAACUUCAUUGCCAGACUGGUUUGGAGACUACCUCACUUCUCUUCGACACCUGACACUACGCAAUUGUCAGAAGCUUGAAACACUUCCAUCCAGCAUUCAAAAGAUGACAACACUCCAAAGUUUGACUAUACGUCAGUGCGAUCUACUGGGACCAUGGUGCGAUCUGGAAAUUUUGUAA